AUGAGGCGCGGCGGGUGGGCGGCGCUGGCGGCCGUGGUGGCCGCGGCGUGGCUGGUGCGAGGGGCGCGCGGGGGUCCCGGCGGGCCCGGGGGCUUCGCGGCCGCCGCGGCGCAGCCCGACCCCUGCUCGGACGAGCACGGCCACCCGCGCCGCUGCAUCCCGGACUUCGUCAACUCGGCCUUCGGGCGCGCCGUGCGCGUGUCCAGCACGUGCGGGAGGCCCCCCGCGCGCUACUGCGUGGUGGCCGAGCGGGGCGAGGAGCGGCUGCGCUCGUGCCACCUGUGCAACGCGUCGGACCCGCGGCGGGCGCACCCGGCCGCCUUCCUCACCGACCUGAACAACCCGCACAACCUGACGUGCUGGCAGUCCGAGACCUACCCGCAGUUCCCGCACAACGUCACGCUCACGCUGUCGCUCGGCAAGAAGUUCGAAGUGACCUACGUGAGCCUGCAGUUCUGCUCGCCGCGGCCCGAGUCCAUGGCCAUCUACAAGUCCAUGGACCACGGGCGCUCGUGGGUGCCCUUCCAGUUCUACUCCACGCAGUGCCGCAAGAUGUACAACCGGCCGCCGCGGGCGCCCAUCACCAAGCAGAACGAGCAGGAGGCCGUGUGCACCGACUCGCACAGCGACCUGCGCCCGCUGUCGGGCGGCCUCAUCGCCUUCAGCACGCUGGACGGCCGCCCGUCCGCCCACGACUUCGACAACUCGCCCGUCCUGCAGGACUGGGUCACGGCCACCGACAUCCGCGUGGCCUUCGGCCGCCUGCACACCUUCGGCGACGAGGACGAGGACGACGCCGAGCUGGCCCGCGACUCCUACUUCUACGCCGUGUCCGACCUGCAGGUGGGCGGCCGCUGCAAGUGCAACGGCCACGCGGCGCGCUGCGUGCGCGACGGCGCCCACGGCCCCGGGAACGGGCCCGGGCCCGGGCCCGGCCCCGGCCACGCUCCCCACGGCGCCGACGGCCCCGGCGGCCUGGUGUGCGACUGCAAGCACCACACGGCCGGGCCCGAGUGCGACCGCUGCAAGCCGUUCCACUACGACCGACCCUGGCAGCGCGCCACGGCCCGCGAGGCCAACGAGUGCGUGGCCUGCAACUGCAACCUCCAUGCCCGCCGCUGCCGCUUCAACAUGGAGCUGUACAAGCUGUCCGGGCGCAAGAGCGGGGGCGUCUGCCUCAAUUGUAGACACAACACUGCCGGCCGCCACUGCCACUACUGCCGUGAGGGCUACUACCGGGACUUGAGCAAGCCUAUCACGCACAGGAAGGCCUGCAAAGCGUGCGAUUGCCACCCGGUGGGAGCGGCCGGCAAGACCUGCAACCAGACCACGGGUCAAUGUCCCUGCAAGGACGGUGUGACCGGCAUCACGUGCAACCGCUGUGCCAAAGGCUACCAGCAGAGUCGAUCUCCCAUCGCCCCAUGCAUCAAGAUCCCGGCGCCUCCGCCCACCACAGCUGCCAGCAGCACCGAGGAGCCCGAAGACUGUGAUUCCUACUGCAAGGCCUCCAAAGGGAAGCUGAAGAUUAACAUGAAAAAGUAUUGCAAGAAAGACUAUGCCGUCCAGAUCCACAUCCUGAAGGCGGACAAGGCAGGAGACUGGUGGAAGUUCACAGCCAGCGUCAUCUCCGUGUACAAGCAAGGAGCCAACCGCAUCCGGCGCGGCGACCAGACCCUGUGGGUCCGCUCCCGGGAUGUGGCCUGCAAGUGCCCCAAGGUGAAGCCCCUGAAGAAGUACCUGCUGCUGGGGGCGGGGGAGGACUCUCCGGACCAGAGCGGCCUCGUGGCCGGCAAGACCAGCUUGGUGAUCCAGUGGCGGGACACGUGGGCCCGGAGGCUGCGCAAGUUUCAGCAGCGGGAGAAGAAGGGGAAGUGUAAGAAGGCCUAGCGCGAGCGUGCGAGCGGGACAGUGCGCGUGCGUGCGAGAGUGAGUGAGCAAGCGAGCGGAGCGCGGGAGCACCGGGAGCGCACAACGCUUCGAGUAGACGCUGGGGCUGUGGGAUUCAACAUGGGGCACGGGGGAGGGCGGGGGGAAGCGGGGAAGGGCCCCGGGGCUCGAGACCCUUUCUCCGGGCAUGGGAUGGCCCCCGGCCCCCCAGCCCCACUGUCCUCGGGUCUGGAGGCCAGGCUCAAACAGAGCUGAAUUGCCCAGGACUGUUUGGGCUGCAGGGGAUCCUGGGGACUUGGCCAGAAUGAUACUUCCCUUUAUGUCAGGGGCACUUGGAGAUGGGUCAUGUACCAGAGAGGCCCUUGGCUCCACUACCCAGCAGCUGGACUCUGGCCCCAGGCAGGCCAACUCAGCCUAACUCCAAGCCCCUGGGGAAGGAAGCUGGGGGCCCACCCAACCCCUUUCCCAAAUCCUAGCCUGGAGGCUGAGCCUUCAGGCUUUGUUGUUGGGGCUGGCCAGAAUUCUCCACCUACCAGAGCAAAAGCGCCAUUCUCUGCCCCAGCCCCUGCCCCUGCUCCCAUUGCCGGGUGAGGGGCUGGGGCAGGGCACCUACUUCCUGGCCAGGCUGAGGGGGCAGUGGGGCCAGCUCCAUCGGGACAGGCAGCCCAGCCCAAAUCCCUCCCUGCUUUGACCUCAAGCCGCUCAGGGCAGAUCACCCACACAGGCCUCUGAUGAGGGUCACAGGCCCACCACUGCCUGCAUUUGCCCUCCCGAGAGCCUCCUGCCAGGAGGUUGCUCGUCCACCUUCUCUGGAGGUCCUCCCUCCCGGGAGCCCAAACCUCGGCACUCCCAAAAGUCAGUGGGGUUGUGUGGGCAGCCGGUGGGUGGAACAGAUGCUGGGACUCCUUAGCCCUCUGGCCAUCACCCUGCCUGGGGACUUGAGGAUGGGGCGGAGGCACAGGGCUUGCCUGGCCUCCCAGCCGAUUCCCCCAAACCCCUGCCAUCUAGGACCUCAGCCUGGAGGAGCGAGGCUAACCCUCGGAGUGGGUACCUUCUGCAUCCUCAGAAGCUCAUGUUCCUGGGAAUCCUGGGCUGGGGGGCGGGGGGCGGGGGCUCUCCGCCCACAGCAUUGCUCUUGUUCUUCCUCCCUGGCCAGGCCAGGCCCAGAGCCUCAGAUGGCUUCCUUGGGCCUGCCUCCCCCAGGGUCCGGGAGACCUGCGGCUGCUGUCCCGGAUCACGGUGGGAGGAGAUGUGCCACACCGGUCGGUCACGGUCAGACCGAGCCGUGACGGGGCCAGCACUUGCAGCAGGGUGCACUCUGCUGAGGGCUGGGGCAGGAACCCAACUCCAGGUCUGUGCUCCCGACUCCAGGCUGCGCCAGUGAGGGCUGAGUCCACUGGAGGGGCAGGAAGCUGCCACUGGCCCCUGACUGUGACUUCCUGGCCCAGAGAUUUCCCCACUGAGCCCGGACUGUUACCUUCUCCCGCCCGGCCCCGCCCCCAACCCCACGCCCCUGCCCGUUGCUGACCAAGUAAACCAACACGGUGAUCCCUGGUCAACCUGUGCCUCAGUAGCCCUGCCCAUGCGGGGCUGGGUUCUUUUUUGCCAUUUCAGCCCGUGCCUGAUCCCAGGGCCUCACUCCCACAGCCCACAUGCCCAAUCCUUGUCCAUGGGGCUAGGACUGGAAGUUCCUGGGGUCUAGGGGCAAACUCCCAGGCAUAAGCCAGGCUUGACGUGGAAACGAGCCCCCAGAGGCUUAGUCUCCUUGGGGGUCAGGCCGAACCAAGGGGACGGGGUUAGGAUUAAGGCAUAGGUGGGUGCAGACUGGCAGGGAGACACCAGAGAAGUCCCUAGUUCUUGCUCUGGAGUGAGGCCACUGGGAGCUUUGGUUCUAGUUCGAGGAGUCUUGGGUCCAGGGGCAGGGAAAGGCCUGGAGAACCACACCAGCCUGGCUAAGGAUAGCUGAGAUGUCCACUUGGUGCCAGCCCUCCGACCCCACCCUUCCCAUGGCCCCACCUGCUGGGGUUUUGGGGUGUAACUAGGGCCUUGAGGCUGACCAAGGCCACCCCGUCCCUCAUCCCCCAAAUUGAGACCAUCUCGGUGGGGACUCCAUUUACAUCUCUUUAAAGGCACAGGGAAAGUUGUGAGUUUUAUUACUGAAGUUGUUUUCGUUAAAGCUGUUGCUGCCCGGGAGCCCCGCCCGCAGGGACAGCACGGUAGAGAUAAACCAACCAGCCCCGCCGAAUAAAUGCAGUUCACCGUCCAACCAGGGCUGGUCACUGUCCCCAGGUUGGCACCCUGCCCCCCAUCUCCUCCCCGUGGUGGGGAAGCAGGGCCGAGAGUGGUUUCGAUUGCCCCCCGAGAACAAUCUCACCAGACCGGCCUCCUGCUCCCCCUCUUCCUCACACAUCUGGGCCACGGGUCUCCCUGGGAGGGCAGGGUGGCAGAGGUCUGUGUUGGGGAGGGGGGCUUUUAGGGGAGAGAUUGGGCUGUUCCCACGCACCUUUGCCCACCUCAGGGGAGUAGGUCUAAGCAGCACUGUCCUCCCUGGCCCUGAGUGGCUCCUGGAUGGGGAGGGGGUGUGGCCAGAACUGACCAGCUGUCAGGGGCCGGGCUGGGCCGACCUCCAGAUCCCGCAGAGAGACUAAGGGACCACUGGCUCCUGAAAUGCAAUCUCAAGGGGCUUAGGGGACUGAUGGCUCUCUCGGCUGGGGCGACUACAGAACCCUCGCGUAGGCCUGAGAGAUGUUUCUCCGCUGCCCCUCAGGGGCUCCCUAGCCUAGAACGUGGUCACGCUCCUCCUGUCCCCCUCUCACCCUUCUGGGUGGUGGCAUCAUACUUCCCCACUUCCAGGCCCCACAGGGUGAUUGCCUGGAUCAGGUCUGAGCCACCGCCCCAGUCGGGGAGCCCAGCCCCGGAGCCGGCCCCAAGAGCCUCGGGUUACCACACCCACCGUGACACCCCCGGCCGAUGGCACUGCCACGUUGGAAAAUGGAAGGGAUCCCGGGUGCAAGGCCACUGCCUUCAGCCCUGGCCCCAACUGAGUCCUGCUGCAGCGGAGACACAACAUACAGCCUCCUUCCCCGUUAACCCAAGGAGGGGUGGAAGUCGGAGCCAAACCUGCCCUGUUUUGCCCUCCAAGAGGCCACUUGAGUCUCUGCACCUAAACCUGAGUUGGGAAGCGGUACUGCAGAGUGGCCUGGGGGCCAUGGGACAGCACUGCCCUGGUCAAGCUGGGUCUAUGCCCAAUCCCAUCUGGCUGGGCCCAUUGGAAGGAAAAGGGACAUAGACUGCAGGCAAGAAAGAAUGAGCUCCUCCCCUCCCCAUUCCCUACCACCCCAUCCAGGGGUUGGGACUGGUCUUCAGAGUCUGGGGACACCUGAAGCCUGCCCCAGGCCCAGCUAGCUGAUCCCCCUGCCUAGCAGCCUGGGUUGACUGCUGCCUCAAGGGUGGAAGACACUUGGUCUUCUCAGUUUUGGCCUCACAGCGUUCUGGGAUCUAUAGUUCUGACCUCCAGAGUACGGUGGGCCUCUGACCCCUCUCCCUGCCCCUCGGCUGUCCCAGUCCCCGCAGGGAGCUGGCAAAGGGCCCGACAUCAUGGCUUCUGUCCCAGGGCUGCUGUCCCAUCGCAGCACAGGGGAGUCCUUGACCCCGCCGAGCGGUGGGGGCGGAGAAUGUGGCACUUGGGCCCGACUGAGGCCCAGGGUCAAGGUGUCUCUCUCUGGCCCUGGAACCUGGCUGGGAGCCUUUUUCCUGCAGUCACCGCUGGGCUGGCCUAGGACAAUUUUCGGACACCUCCCCCUCGGCUGGAACCCUGGGUGCUGAAGCGCCGCCAUGGCCAGAAGCGGAGAAGGGGCCUCGGAAGAAGAACCGAAAGCCCGGGAGAUGGGGCCGGGGACUUGAUGGUCCGACUUCACUGGCACAGGAGGCGGUGGCCACUGGGCCUCGCUGGGGGCCGAUGAAGAAGCUGGACGGAGGACUGAACGGUGGAGGUGUGAGAGCGAUGUGGUCGGCGGCUCUGCCUGGGUUCGGGGCAACCCUCAGAGGGGCUUGGCCCCUGGCUCGAGUGGAGGGAAUAGGGUUGGCGUGUCUGGAUUUACCCCUGUGCCCUUUGACCCUGUAUGGCUGCCACCUUGUAUGUAACUACUGUAACUGCUCCCAGCGGCUUUGAGAGCGAAUGUCGACAUGGUAACUACCUUGCUUUGUCUAAGUAAACACUUACCUCUUCCCGAUCCA